AUGGCGGCAGAGAUGCACGCCUUGGUUGCUAUUGUGCUAUAUUCGGAGUACACGCCGUCAUCUCGUCCCCGAACAAACCCGGCCACGCUCCUCCCCCAACAAACCCGGCCACUCUCCUCCCCCAACAAACCCGGCCGCUCUCCUCCACCAACCAACCUGGCCAAUCUCCUCCCCCAACAAACCCGGCCGCUCUCCUCCACCAACCAACCCGGCCACUCUCCUCCCCCAACAUACCCGGCCGCUCUCCUCCACCAACCAACCCGGCCACUCUCCUCCCCCAACAAACCCGGCCGCUCUCCUCCACCAACCAACCCGGCCACGCUCCUCCCCCAACAAACCCGGCCACUCUCCUCCCCCAACAAACCCGGCCGCUCUCCUCCACCAACCAACCAGGCCACUCUCCUCCCCCAACAAACCCGGCCGCUCUCCUCCACCAACCAACCCGGCCACUCUCCUCACCCAACAAACCCGGCCACUCUCCUCCCCCAACAAACCCGGCCACUCUCCUCCCCCAACAAACCCGGCCACUCUCCUCUCCCACCAAACCCGGCCACUCUCCUCCCCAACAAACCCGGCCACUCUCCUCCCCCAGCAAACCUGGCCGCUCUUCUCCCCCAACAAACCCGGCCGCUCUCCUCCCCCAACAAACCCGGCCACUCUCCUCCCCCAACAAACCCGGCCUCUCUCCUCCCCCAACAAACCCGGCCGCUCACGUCACCAAGCAAAUCCGGCCACUCUCCUCCCCCAACAAACCUGGCCACUCUCCUCCCCCUACAAACCCGGCCACUCUCCUCCCCCAACAAACCUGGCCUCUCUCCUCCCCCAACAAACCCGGCCACUCUCCUCCCCCAGCAAACCUGGCCACUCUCCUCCCCCAGCAAACCCGGCCACUCUCCUCCCCCAGCAAACCCGGCCUCUCUCCUCCCCCAACAAACCUGGCCUCUCUCCUCCCCCAACAAACCUGGCCUCUCUCCUCCCCCAACAAACCCGGCCACUCUCCUCCCCCAACAAACCCGGCCACUCUCCUCCCCCAACAAACCCGGCCACUCUCCUCCCCCAACAAACCCGGCCACUCUCCUCCCCCAGCAAACCUGGCCACUCUCCUCCCCCAACAAACCUGGCCUCUCUCCUCCCCCUACAAACCCGGCCACUCUCCUCCCCCAACAAACCCGGCCUCUCUCCUCCCCCAACAAACCCGGCCACUCUCCUCCCCCAACAAACCCGGCCACUCUCCUCCCCCAACAAACCCGGCCACUCUCCUCCCCCAACAAACCCGGCCACUCUCCUCCCCCAACAAACCCGGCCACUCUCCUCCCCCAACAAACCCGGCCACUCUCCUCUCCCACCAAACCCGGCAAAUCCGCUCUAUUGCUGACUGCGCCUUAA